AUUAGCAAUGCGGACCACACACACGUUGGCUGUUACAAGAGUUAGUCCCCCCCCCCCCCCCUCUCGAUUCUAACCAGACAAGCCCAGCAAUCUGUUAGUACUCAUUCAGUUCAGUCCAACAGGACCGCACUCUCAGUACGGAGAGCGCCCGGGAGUGGUACCGCAGGUAAUUUGCAGUGAUACAUCACAACAGAUCGAUGGCCAUUAUGAAGAACACUAUCGCUGGACACUGGAUCGCAACGGUCAUCUCUACCGUCCUCAUCUUUCAAAGUUCGAUCGUCAACAGUUUGCCUCUACCUGACGGAACCCUCUCAUCAUCAAACGAAGCAACUUCAUUGCCCAUCGAUGCCACCCAGAAUAGGGCGGAUGAGGGCGUUGUUCUUCUAGUGAAGGAUCAAACCACUCAGCCGGCUGCAGCUCAGCCUCUCGAGAAUCCUUCGCCUAAAGUGCGGGUCCUUCCGCCAGUUGAAACGAUGCUCGAAAACGAAAUAUGGCAAUAUCGCUAUCCACCUUUCGAUAACUUGUUCGAUGAAAAAACCAACGAGGAUUCGGAUAACGACGAGGCAACUCCAAGCGCAAGAUCGCCAAGAUUAAACACGGACGCUCUGCCCAGCUACGUCAUUGGAAUCUUAGAUCCGGCUGAACUGGUCGACGGACUCUUUCAGCAACGCCCGUUCACGUUCGGAUUAGUGCGCAGCCAAGCGAAUGCCUUCAACAAACGGAACUCGGCGUCGAAUGUCGACGAUGCCAUCAGACGACAAGGAAAAGGCGUUGCAGAGUCAUCUCAAAAGAUCUUCGAUGUACCCAGAAUUAUCAUUGAUUCAACAUCAGAUGACGAUCGCUGGGUGUGGCAGAAUUAACUUUUUUUUUUUUUAAUUUGUUGCUCGAAAGCUUUCUGAAACUCACGUUGCAUCUCAAAUGGAAGCCACCUGGAGGCUGUAAUCGUUUCAAUUUUCAUCCAGUAUCGAACUCCGUCAUCCGAUUUCUAUAUAAAAUUUUAAGAGAUUGUUUGUUCUUUUUUUUCCACUAUUCCUUCUCCAAUCCAUUGUAACCGCUCAUGCAAUACAAGUUUUUUUUUUUUUUUAAA